AUGGCCUCACAGAGACGCAUACACUGCCGAGAACCCCGACACAAUCCAGACGUCGGGACUCGAAUCCAAGAAUGGUUCAAUAAGCCCGCGCAAGGACUCAACUUCAGUCCUGGUCUACCAGUGAUGAUGCUACUUCCACUGGCGGGAGCGGCGAAGCUCUUUCACUGGAACGCGGCUAUAGUUCUAGUAGUCAAUAUCGUUGCCAUCAUAUUCCUCUCAGAGAGUAUCUCAGUCUCGAGCGACGAACUCGCUGAACACCUGGGGGAGUUGCAAGGUGCACUUCUGAGUGCUACUUUUGGAAAUACAGUCGAGCUAACGGCGGGCAUUCUGGCUUUGGUCCAUGGCGAGAUCCGAUUCGCGCAGUCUGUCAUGGUUGGUAGUAUUUUGUCGGACAUUCUGCUUGUUUUCGGUGUGUGUUUGAUCACAGCCUCCUACAAUAAAGAUGUGCUUCAUUUCAACGGCGCCCUGGCAAAGACCCUGUCUUCGUUGAUGAUGAUCACAGCCGUGGCAAUCCUCCUCCCAACGGCACUCUACUCAACUUUCCCAGUAUCUGAAAUUGACGACAGAGUGCUAUCAUUCUCCCGGGGAACAGCAAUAGUGCUACUCGCUCUAUAUGGAGGGUAUCUUUACUUCUAUCUCGGUACUCACAAGCAUCUCUUUGUCACAAGUGAUAGCGAGGCCAGUGAUGAUGAAGACGACACCAAGCCCGAGCCCAGAACACCAGCCAGCCUUGCAUCAUCAAUAAUUCGGCUUACCACGGCUGUUGCGGCUACAGUAUUCUGCACUGAACUCCUCAUCGAAAGCACAGAAGACAUGGCGCAGACACUCGGUGUAUCAGAGGUAUUCAUUGCGAUUGUCUUUAUUCCAAUUGCGAGUAACAGUACCGAGGGAGUGACAGUGGCUGCCUCAUCCAAGUCAGGAGAUACCGACUCGGCAAUCCGGGUGAUCAUUGACAGUCUCUUGCAGAUUGGCUUAUUUGCCAUUCCAUUCUUGGUUAUUGUUGGAUGGUGCAUUGGAGAGCCAAUGACGCUAUUCUUUGACUCAUUGCAGACUGUUGCUAUGUUUUUGUCUAUCCUGGUUGUGAAUCAUCUUCUCAGAGAUGGUCAAUAUGCUUACAUUCAUGGUGCCAUGCUUCUUGCUCUGUAUUCCGGCCUGAUUGCUGCAUUCUACACUCGCUAG